UUUCUCUCGCCAUUGCAAAUGUGAAUUCAUGGACAAUUCGUUGAAGGAGUUGCCAAUGCAAAACGCGGAGAGUGUGAUGGAAAAGGGUGAAGCAGGGUUGAUUGGCUCAGUCCCCACAUCCCCAACACUUUUCAACAGCUUUACAGAUGAGACCAUCACAAAGGAUGAGCUUCCAAGCAAAAACUCCUCUGUUCUUCCAAUUUCGCGACGGCGUUGGCCGUGGGCCAAGUCCUGGAAGUCCUGGAACCUUCGCCCAAGGAGGACUCCACGACGAAAAAGUAAACGACUCACCUAAGGGAUAUCCAAACCUAGCGGCGUUCCUCGAUAGCGAUGAAGGUUUUACCAUAUAUCGGCGGUUUGGAUACCUCCAAUCUCGACUGCUCCUGCAUAAGCAAGAGGAGCUUCGACGUCUCGAAAAGAGACUAGAUCGCAUGGACAUGAGACUCGUGAAGGAUAACGAAAAUCGGUUGUGCUCACGUGACCUUCGGGGACCUCCCUCAGACGCAGAGAAACAAGGAAAGCUCUUAUUUGAAAUUGAGAACGCAUACUGCUCGUAUGCAAAAAUUCUCGCCGCCGCCCAACAAAUGAGGGGAUUCAGUAAACCGGCCGACGCUGACUGGCAAAGCGUUGGACGUUAUAUCUAUAACAGAAAAGCUCUAGUCGAAGAAGAAGCCUCAUGGAUUCAACACAAGGAUGAUUUACUCACCCUCAAGGCAGGACGUGAGCAUGCUUGGCUUGACGAUGUGGUUGAAGGACUCCUGAAGGUCUGUCACUGUAAGCUUAUCGACAUUAUGUUUCGCUCCAAGGAAACGCGAAAGAAAACCGAAAUUGAUUCCGAUAACAUGCCUGCUAGGCCACCGAAAGACGAAGACAAGUACGAAAUAUACUAUACACCCUCUCGAAUUGCGAAACUCACCAAUGGAAUCUUGACAAUUAUAGUAUUAACUCUUCUAGUCCUUCCGAUAUAUAUUUUGUAUCAUAUGGUGCAUGAAAUUGGCACUACAGCUUACAUGAAAUGUAUUGGAACGCUUCUUGUCUUCACUCUUGCUUUCUCAUCGGUCCUUUCUCUUUUCACGAAGGCUAAAAGACAUGAGAUAUUCGCAGCAGCCGCAGCUUACUGUGCUGUGCUUGUAGUUUUCCUUGGAAACGCUGUUCCGAAAGACAAAUCUUAGAGCUUUACAAGAAGACUUUUAAUUUUACGCAAAAUAUUAUAGAUAUCUUAGCUGCGGAUAGAACAUCGAAAUUGACCCUAUACAUCUACACGAUUGUAGUUUUCUAA